GACAGUAGAGGCAGCACAAUGCUACGCAAGAGUGUCACAGAGAGUUUUGGCGCGGCCAUCUCCAGCCUCAACGCAGCUCACCUGACAGAUACUGUGGUCCACAGGAGUAAGAGGAUGAUGCUGGACACAUUGGGAGUGGGGCUCUUGGGGACCAGUACAGCUGUCUUCAGCAAGGCUCUCCAGUACAGCCAGUUGUACAAAUCAGUGGAGAGGAGCAGUGUGUGGGGAGGAUCAGGGAUGACACUGCCACCCCAGUAUGCUGCCUUCGUCAAUGGCAUAGCGGUGCACUCUAUGGACUUUGAUGAUACGUGGCACCCUGCAACCCACCCCUCUGGGGCAGUGCUCCCUGCCCUCCUGGCCCUGGCAGAGACUCUGCCCACCCAGCCCUCCGGCCUGGACCUGCUGCUGGCCUUCAACGCAGGCAUCGAGGUGCAGGGGCGACUCAUGAGGUUCUCCAAGGAGGCCCACAAUAUACCUAGAAGGUUCCACCCUCCUGCUGUAGUGGGAGUAAUGGGCAGUGCAGCAGCCUCAGCUAAGCUCCUAGCCCUCUCCCCAGCCCAGUGUGUCCACUCCCUGGCUAUCGCCGCCUCCUCCGCUGGGGCCCCCAUGGCCAAUGCAGCUACCCAGACAAAACCCCUCCACAUUGGCAAUGCCGCCCGCAGAGGCCUGGAGGCCGCCAAGCUCGCCCUGCUGGGGCUGGAGGGAUGUCAGGCCAUCCUGGAUCUCGAGUCCGGCUUCGGGGUCUUCUACUCAGACUAUAGUCCCUCGGAGCUCCCCGGGACUGAUGGUGGUUGUGGUGGUGGGUUUCGAUGGGUUUUGGAGGAGCAGGAUGUGGCCAUCAAGCGCUUCCCAGCCCACCUGGGAAUGCACUGGGUGGUGGAUGCCGCCUUGGCGGCCCGGGCCAAGCUUGGAGCCUCUGGCGAACCUGACCUCUCUCAGGUCCAGAAGGUGGUGCUCAGAGUGCCUCCUUCCAGGUACAUCGACUGCCCCUUCCCAGCCAUGGAGCACCAGGCCAGGCAUUCAUUCCAGUUCAAUGCCUGCUCGGCCCUGCUGGACAACCAGGUGUCCGUGAACUCCUUCAGCAGGCCCCAGAUAGAUAGGCCAGCCUUGAGGGAGCUCCUGGCCAAGGUCAGAGUCGAGAACCCCCAAGACAACCACCCCAGCUUCGACAAGAUGUACUGCGAGGUGACAGUUGAGAUGGAGCAUGGGGAGAGUGCCACAGCCAGGUGUAAUACCUUCUACGGCCACUGGAGGAAGCCAUUGAGUCAGGAGGAUUUAGUUGGGAAAUUCGAGGCGAACGCUUCAACUGUGCUGAGCCAAGAAGGUGUGGAGAGGGUUGUGGACGUUAUAGGGAAUAUAGAGAAGUGCCCGGACUGUACGGUGCUGAGGUCAUAUCUACAGAUGAGCAGGCCGACAACCCAUCUUUUCAGAGAACACCUUGUCUAACCAAAAUCCCAGCACUCUCUCAGACCCCAUUUACACCUUGCAUUAUCCCUAUCCGAACAGCCGUGAUAGGAUUACAUUCCGAACACAGACCUUGCAUUUAUUGCAAUUAUACCUGGUAUUAAAACGCAUGCACUCUGGCUGCAUUGUGUCUGCAUUGUGUUCGGAUCUCACCUUUUCCUCCCAACUUAGUGUCACGACUUCCGCAGAGGCUGCCUCCCCUCCUUGUUCGGGCAGGUUUCGGCGUUCAGCAUCA